CUAAUUAUUGUAUUAUAGAUGCAUUACGUUGCCAAGAGCUUUUGGUAAAGCUAAGUCAAAUAAAUAAUUAUAGAGAAGUCGCUUCUAUUGCUCAUGUAUCUUUGUUCGACUCACACUAUCGUACAAAUAGAAUGAAGGUACGAAACCUUCUAGACGCUUAUGCUUUUAAACGUAAUAUGGUAUUUAGCUCAAGAGUAUGCGAAAAUAUAGAAAAAGGAAAAUAUCCUGGUGCGUACGUUUUUCCACCUGAAAAGGGGAUUAUAAUGAGAAGACCUGUAACGGGAUUAGACUUUGCCUCAUUAUAUCCCAGUCUCAUCAUGGCUUACAAUCUCUCUUUAGAUAAAGUAAUACUAAUACAUGAAGAGGCUGAUAUUGCAGAAAAAACAGAAACAUUUUACAUAAGAUUGAGUUUCAUUCAAUAA